UUAUUUCUCUUCAUUUUUUCCAUCCAGAUGAGUUUUCAAACCCUUUACCGCCGAGUAAUGUACGACACGACUCAACGGAGGAUGACUCUGGGCUGCAGAAGCUGUCUAAUGAUGACUUUCGUAAGCUGUUGAUGACUCCGAGGGAUACGCCGGGUGAAGCUCCCCCUUCUUCUAAACCAACACAGCAGAAACCGUUAGUGAAAGAUUAUAAUGAGGAGGAUGAUCCCAGGGCAAGGAGGCGUAAGAAAAAGAGUUACUAUGCCAAGCUCAAGAAACAGGAGAUGGAGAGGGAGGCAGAGCUGGCAGAAAAGUACAGAGAUAGGGCCAACGAAAGAAGAGAAGGUAAAACAGACUAUGAUGAGACUGAAAUCGUCAGCACAACAGCAAACUACAAGGCUGUAGCUCCCAAUGCACCAGCAGAUUCUGCAGCAUCUAACAGGCGUAAGCAGCUUAUUGAUGAGAGUAAAUAUCUUGGUGGUGACAUGGAGCAUACUCAUUUGGUGAAAGGUCUGGAUUAUGCCCUGCUACAUAAGGUACGAGCUGAAAUCAACACCAAGGAGCGAGAAGUAGAAGAUGUCCUGGAGAGUACUUACCAGAGUAAGCCUAAAGAAGUGGAUGCUGAAGAAAAUAUCCAGUUCAAAGGCCGGCUUGCACGAAACAUCUACCGCAAUGUCUUCAAGAUGCACCAGCCCCAGCGUAACGAGUCCUUCCUCCCAGGCCGUAUGGCUUACCAGGUAGAUCUAGAUGAUGAUUUUGUUGAGACGGACAUCCCUACCACGGUAAUGAGAAGCAAGGCCGACUGCCCAACUGUAGAAUCACAAGCAACUCUGACUACCAAUGACAUUGUAAUCAACAAGCUGACUCAGAUUCUCUCCUAUCUGAGACAAGGUCAAAGGGGAAAGAAACUCAAGAAGAAAGAAAAAGGCAAAUUGAAGGAUGACAAGAUGGAUAAGUCACAUGCUGGAGAUGACAAUAUCUUUGGUGAUCUUGUGAACUACCAUCCAUCCUACAACAAACCCAAGGAACAGCCCAAACCCCGGGACAAGGACAGAGAGAGAGAGAGAGACAGAGAUAGGGGUCGGGAUCGAGACCGACCCAGCCGGGAUUAUGAGAGACCCCGGGACAGCGAGAGGGACCGGGACCGAGACCGAGAUAGGAACAGGGAUAGAGACAGGGAUAGGCAGAGGACCGACAGGGGACGGGACUAUAGGGACAGCGAGAGGGACCGGGACCGGAAGCCCAGGUCCAGUUACUUUGAGAAACCCAAGGAUGCUGAUGAGGACUUUGACAAGCCUCCUUCUGCUGAUAAACUUCUGCAGAGCAUCAGUGAAAAGUUUGGAAAGCCUCCACCCGAAAAAGAGGAUGAAUCUCGCUUCAGAGCAGGCUGGGAAAAUGAAGACAAAGCUCAGCAGGCACGUGACAGAGGCAUUGCGUUGACUGGAGAGGGUGACAAAGGGAAAAACAAACAGGGCAAGAAGGGAGCUAACUUUGAUAGCUACUUUGAGUGUUAUCCAGGUGCCAUGGAAACAGCCGAUGCUCUUGAUGAUUCUGAUGAUGAUGUAGACUACUCCAAAAUGGACCAGGGUAACAAGAAAGGUCCAGUAGGAAGAUGGGACUUUGAUACGGCUGAGGAAUACAGUGACUACAUGAACCAGAAAGAAGCUCUACCAAAAGCUGCUUUCCAAUUUGGAAUCAAGACCUCGGAGGGUAGGAAGACGAGGAGAACUCACCCGGAGAAGAAUGAGAAGGCUGCACUGGAUAGAGAAUGGCAGAAAAUUAGUCAGAUCAUUGCAAAGAGAAAGGAGACUGGAGAGGGAAGAAGGCCCGUGGAUUCAAAACGGCCCAAGUACUGAUUCUACUAUAGGCCCAUUUGGAAAGACUUUGUAUUCUGUGUUCGAGAUAUGUCACCACAAUGCUAUCGUUAUCAGACUAUUUAGAGAUCGUCAAACUACUUUUGCUCUCAACUGCAUCCUCCUUGGAAAAGAACAGAGAUGUCAUCCAAGUAUCAUUUAAAAUGUUUUCACCUGCCAAAGGAUCUGAUCAAAACAUGUUCCAUACAAGGACAUCUUCACUUUUCUUGUCUUUUAUACACGUUCCAUCUUGAAUAAAUAUCAAAAUGCAUUUAUUUGAUUACUCCUGUUCGAUUCUGGUCCAAGUUGGCUGUAGGUUGUGUGGAUAGUGUGGGUGAAGACAUUUAUGGAGCACCACCAGGGGCACCAAUCUUACCCAGCAGAUGUAAUGCAAAUUGACAAGGUCAUUGAUUAGGAGGAGGGUGUAGGAGAGGAUCAUAGUGUCUUUUCACAUUCCCUUUCCCUUAUGCCCUCUAUUACUCUUUUUCUAAUUUUCCUCUUCUUUCACUAAGUAAUAAAGGGGAGGGGCAGGCAGUGUAUUUAUUUCACUGUUUUCCAGAGCUUACAGUAAUAGUUAAUGUAUUGUGUUGAUUUUUUUAGCAAGAAAUAUGUGUACAUUUUUAAUCUGCAGUAGAUUUGUAGUAUGGUAUACUGCCAUAUUAAAUGUGUUCUUCAAAGUCACACAAAUCAAUUUUUCACAAAUUUAAUUUUAAAUUCAUAGUAACAGAUAAUAGGUUAUCCAAUCUAGUCUUGUAAUUUGUGUACAGGGUGGCCCCAAAAGAAUGCAACACCUGAGAUCUGCAAUUUCAGAGAAACCAUCAACACAAUGUCAUUGAUUUUUAUUAUAUUGGGUAGACAUUUUUUUUUAGUAAGAUGGCACCAAUAUUAUAAAUAAAUGGUAAUAUGUUUUGAUUCUAUGGCUAUUUUUGUGAGGCAAUGUUGUUUUCAAACUUUGCUACUUUUGCAACCAUAGUCGUGCUUGAAGCAGCAA